GAGGUAUUCAGAAAUCCACCCUGCACUGUCUGGAUAAAUGUCUCAGAUUUUAGAAAUGUAGCUUCCAUAUGUCGAAAUUUCGCGUGUAGGCCUAUGUUUGACUCUUUUAUUUCGAUAGAUUACGUGUUCCUGCAGGGGACAUGGCAGUAAAUUUGUUUAAAAUGUGAGAAAGGUAUUUGUUGUUGAGCGUGUGGGACUCGAAGCUUUAUCUCUACUCUCCGCCUCUUUAAGUCUGCCCUACAUCUGACUCAUUUUGGUCCUUUGCAACUCGCACAGUAGUCUGUGCUCUGCCCCAUGGGCCUGUUUUAUUUGGCAAUUCUCGCCACCACCGCUCGCUCGUUGCUGCGUAAAAGCCGCCGCGCUGCGCUGCGCUUGGAAAUGUAGUUGUUUUGCGCGCGACGAGGUCUCCAAAAUGGACCUAAAAUCCGAACUCCUCAAGUCCAUCUGGUACGCUUUCACAUCGCUGGACGUGGAGAAGUGUGGGAAGGUUUCCAAAUCGCAGUUAAAGGUGCUUUCCCAUAACUUGUAUACAGUUCUGCACAUCCCACAUGACCCCGUGGCUCUGGAGGAGCACUUCCAAGACGAUGAUGACGGGCCAGUGUCUAAUCAUGGCUACAUGCCCUACCUCAACAAAUAUAUACUGGAUAAGGUCAAAGAGGGGAUGUUUGAUAAGGAGAAGUUUGACGACCUGUGCUGGAUGAUGACCAUGAAGAAGAACUACAAGGAGGUACCACAGGGGGCGCUGCUGUCAGAGAGGGACAGUUUCAAGCUCUUCUGUUUAUUCAAUCUCCUGUCUGAGGACCGCUACCCGCUGGUGAUGAUAUCAGAGGAGGUUGAAUAUCUCCUCAAGAAAAUCUCCACAGCAAUGAAUGAGGAGUGGGAUGGGAAGCCCUUGGAGGACUUAAUAUCCCAGGAUGGCACAGUGCAGGAGGAGGGUAUGUCUGUGUGGGCAUUCCUGGAGCACAUGGGUGCAGGGCGACUGCUGAGGGUCACCAGUGCCGAGGCCUUCAGUCUGGCUCUGGACGAGGUCUUUCUCGAGAUGUAUCACAAUGUCCUGAAGAGGGGUUAUAUGUGGAAAAAGGGGCACGUGCGUAGGAACUGGACUGAGCGCUGGUUUGUGCUGAAGCCCCACUCCAUGGCGUACUACGUCAGUGAGGACCUGAAAGACAAGAGAGGAGAAAUCUUGUUGGAUAAAAGCUGUGUCAUAGAGGCUCUUGCCGACAGGGAGGGGAAGCGCUGUCUGUUCUGUGUGAAAACGCACAAUAAAACCUAUGAGAUGAGUGCGUCUGACCAGAGGCAGAAGGUGGAGUGGACUCAAGCCAUUCAGACAGCCCUCCGUCUCCAAAGUGAGGGCAAGUCCUCCCUUCACCACGAACUCAAACUGAAGAGACGGGUCCAGCGGGAACACAGCCAACGGGAGCGCAGCCGCAGCGCCCACAGCAGCUGCAGCAGCCAAUCAGACGACUUGACUAUCCAAGAGACAGAGAAGGUGGAGAAAGACAGACAGGAUCUCGAGAUUGAAAGCAUCAUCCAGCAUGCACGGGAAUUGGAAACCCGACGGAGGGAGGCAGAGGAGAGAGAAAGGAGGAAACAGAGGGAGGUGCAGAUGAAGCUGGAGAGACAGUUGAAAGAGGCCGAGAUGUUGAGAGACAGCAUGCAGGCAGAGAUGCAGGAGAAGGAAAGGGAGGCUGAGCAACAGAAGAAGAGAAUUCACGAGUUGGAGCUGACGCAGCAGAAACUGGAGGCUGCUCUCAACAUGGAGAUCCAGGCUCGGCUGGAGGAGGAGAGGGCCAGACAGGAGCUGGAGAGGUUGCUGGAGGCUGAAGAGGAGAAGAAGCAGCAGUGUCAGCUGCUGCAGGAGCAGGAGAGGGCCAUCACCACAAAGGAGGCCUCAGAUGGCAGUACAGACAAGGACACCCCUUCAGCCUUCCACUCAGCCUCUCGGGAGCUCCAGGAUCUGCGGGCAUCUCGCCAGAGGAGCCACCAGCGCCUAGAGGAAGUUCAAGAGAAGCUGAGGAACGCCAGUCAACAUGUACGGCACUGGAACGUCCAGCUGAACCGCCUGAUGACGCCCAUCUCUCCUGGAGGGCGUUUGGAACAUCGCCUAUCAUCGAAACAACUCUGUCCCAAAAAGGAAGGGGCCCUGGCAAGUAACGAGUUCAUCUCUAAAUUCAAGAUACGAGCCGAUCAGAACAGCCAGACACCCGAGGAUAACCAGACACUGGAGGAGCAGAUGGAGGCCACCCAGCUGUCAGACGGAUCACAGGAAAAACCCAACGGACAAAUGUGACGACCCUGUUGAGGGGUACAGGUUUUCAAAUGUACGAGUUGAAAAAUGAGAAAUCAGAAAUUCUCUAUUUGUGUAAGAUUGAGAGUGAAAAGAGAAACAUUAUUAACAAUAAUACAUGGAAAAUCUUCAAAAAACCGUUGUAUUAUAUUUAUAUUCAGAGUUGCACACUAAGAUGGAGAAUGACGAUGACAAGCACAAUGUGAUGCAGGAUCAAAGUAAGACACAUCUGACUAAGAUCAACAGAGAUUUACAGUUUUGUACAAUAAAGUUCAUUGGUGAAUAAUAAAA